AUGUCUGCCCCAGCAUCCAAGUUCAAGGUCGCCGACCUCAGUCUCGCUGCCUUUGGUCGCAAGGAAAUCGAGCUUGCUGAGAAUGAGAUGCCAGGUUUGAUGGCUACUCGUGAGAAGUAUGCUGUCGAUCAACCAUUGAAGGGUGCCCGUAUUGCUGGAUGUUUACACAUGACCAUUCAAACCGCUGUCUUGAUCGAGACCCUCACAUUCCUCGGAGCUGAGGUUACAUGGUCAUCAUGCAACAUCUUCUCUACCCAAGAUCACGCUGCUGCUGCCAUUGCUGCUGCCGGUGUCCCAGUUUUCGCCUGGAAGGGUGAGACCGAGGAGGAAUACAACUGGUGUUUGGAACAACAACUCGUCUCAUUCAAGGAUGGCAAGAGCUUGAACUUGAUCCUCGACGAUGGUGGAGAUCUUACUCAACUCGUACACAACAAAUACCCAGAGAUGUUGAAGGACUGCUUCGGUGUUUCUGAGGAGACCACCACUGGUGUUCACCACUUGUACAAGAUGUUGAAGAACAACGGUCUUCUUGUCCCAGCUAUCAACGUCAACGACUCCGUCACCAAAUCAAAGUUCGACAAUCUGUACGGUUGCCGUGAAUCUUUGGUCGAUGGUAUUAAACGUGCCACCGAUGUCAUGAUUGCUGGUAAGGUCGCAGUCGUUGCCGGUUUCGGUGAUGUCGGAAAGGGUUGUGCUAUGGCUCUUCACGGAAUGGGUGCUCGUGUCAUUGUUACCGAGAUUGAUCCUAUUAACGCCCUCCAAGCUGCUGUCUCCGGAUACCAAGUCAUGCCAAUGGAGAAGGCCGCUGCUUUCGGUCAAAUCUUCGUCACCACCACUGGAUGCAGAGACAUCUUGGUUGGCGAGCACUUCGAGGCCAUGCCAAACGACGCUAUCGUUUGCAACAUUGGUCACUUCGAUAUCGAGAUCGACGUUGCCUGGUUGAAGGCAAACGCCAAGAGCGUUCAAAACAUCAAGCCCCAAGUCGACCGAUACCUCAUGAAGAACGGCCGUCACAUCAUCCUCCUCGCCGAGGGUCGUCUCGUUAACUUGGGAUGUGCCACCGGUCACUCUUCCUUCGUCAUGUCUUGUUCAUUCACCAACCAAGUUCUUGCUCAAAUCAUGUUGUUCAAGUGUGAGGAUGCGGCUUUCGGCCAAAAGUACGUCGAGUUUGGCAAGACCCAAAAGCUCGCAGUUGGUGUCUACGUUCUCCCAAAGAUUUUGGAUGAGACCGUUGCCAUGCUUCAUUUGUCUCACGUCAACGCCGAGUUGUCCAGAUUGACCCCAGUCCAAGCUGAGUACCUUGGUCUUGAGGUUGAGGGACCAUUCAAGAGCGAGAUCUACCGUUAUUAA